AUGAUGAAACUUCCACUGCUUAUAUGUGCCCUCCAAACCUGUAUUAAAGGCCAAGCCAUUUCUGAAUGCUGCGCCACCGAUCUCGAAUGCCUAUGCACCCAUCCAAGCACAAUCCAACCAUUCUUCGCCGCCUUUACGAAAUGUAUCCUCCGGAAGUGCGAUCCUGGUGAGCAGUACGAGUUUAUGUCCAUCUUCGAAGCAACCUGUAUCCGAUUAAACAUAACAAGCCCCCAUUCAACCGAAGCCCCGAGCCUAUCCGAGAAGCAGAACCAUGUCGUCACUUUGAGUCUGUCUAAGAGAAUAGGGAGAGUGUUGGUAGACACUUCUUCGGUCCUAACAGCGAGCCCCAAGUCUUCGCAACUACCAGGUUUCAUCUCCGCGCCUGCUGUAUCUUCCAUGCCCAUGCCUACGCUACCAGACCUACCACCAUCCGUACCCACGCCAACGCCGACUCCUACAUCCAUGGAUCUGUCGAUCGAAACACUCCAAAUCGACACCGCUCCGUCUCCGAUGCCGACUCCAGCGACCGAUUUGCCGACUACUACAGGCGCUCUGUCAAGGGAAGGAAAUGCUACGAUACCUGCUAUUACAUCGUUCUCAGCGUCUGUGCAUGCGUCGCAUACCACGGGUGCACCUCACUCUACUUCGGAUAGUUUGGAAGUGAAGCCACUGCAGUUUGUGGUUCUGAUGGUUGUCAUGGGGGUUGUGGCGUUGGUUUCGCCUGUGUUUGGAUGA